AUGUCCGCCCUCUUCAACUUCCAAUCUCUCCUCCUCGUCUUCCUCCUCAUUAUCUGCACAAGCGCAUAUGCCCACUCGAUGAUGCCCGGUAUCAUGGAUCGCAAUCAGCAUGGCAUCAUUGGUAUAUUCUGGAAAUGCGCGAGAAUAGGCGAACGAUUGAGUCCAUAUGUUAGUAUAUGUUGCGUUAUCAUGGCAAUCUCAAUAUUCAUCGGCGACUGA